AAAGUCCGGAAUGAUGGUUGCACCAUCAAUGUUUUUCCCUUUUCUAGUCGAUCUAUCGUCCUGCAAAACAUCGAUAUUUUUGGACGAAACAUCGGUGUUUUGAGAACAUCGAUGCAUAGUUUGCAUCUCUAUCUCUAAACGCAACAAACAACUUUUAAAGAGUAAGAUUUCAUAACUGUGUUUAAUAAAAUUUUUGGUUUGGUUUUGCUAUCUGGAAAAUGUCUCUCGCACGUGCAUCUAGAUUACUGAAAGCUCGACUAACACGCGUUCAGAGCGUGCCAUCCGUUUUUUAUCAUGAAAAUGUUGUCGAGCACUAUGAGAAUCCAAGGAAUGUAGGUUCACUGGACAAGAAAGACCAAAGCGUGGGUACCGGCUUAGUUGGUGCGCCUGCCUGCGGUGACGUCAUGAAGCUGCAAAUCAAAGUAGAUGAAAACGGUAAAAUUGUUGACGCCAAAUUUAAGACCUUUGGUUGCGGAUCUGCCAUUGCUAGUAGUUCUUUAGCUACGGAAUGGGUCAAAGGCAAAACUAUAGACGAGGCCGGAAAACUAAAGAAUACCGACAUAGCUAAAGAGCUAUGCUUGCCUCCAGUAAAACUACAUUGCUCUAUGCUGGCUGAGGACGCUAUAAAGGCAGCACUGGCUGAUUAUAAAGUGAAGCAGCAAAAGAAGAACAAUUAAGCGUUGUACACCGAAUUACCCAGAACAAAUGGUUUUUCGCGCCUGUGCAUUACCCUAUUUAAAUUAUGUUAAUUCAGAAUGUCUUACAAGAUGCUGGAGAAAAUUUAAGGAUAUGGUGUAUCAGAUGUCUAUGUAGGAAUGUACAUAUGCUAUGGAACAUGAAACUUUGUAUAGAAAUUAAGUGCUACACAAAAGGACUUUUAAAAUAUAAAUUCUAUUCAUCGAUA